AUGAAACUUUUCGGAUUCACUCUCGCAACCGUCUCUGUUGCCCAGUUCGCUGGCAACGCUACUCUCGUCGAUACUCCUCGAUGGGGUAAGCAAUUUGACGGCCCAGCCUGCUUCAAGUGCGAAGGAAACAACUGGGAAGAGUGCAGAGCUCAAGCAUGGGAACGAGAAGGAGGCCCAAUCUCUUGCCGAGAGGACAAAGUCUGCAGCAUGGUCGAGCGACGACGAGGAGGCAAGAUCUACCGAGUCGAGUCUCGAUGCAAGCAGGUCGACGUCUGCAAAAUGGAGCGAGAGCAUAACCUCCGACCUUGCCCACAAAUGCCUAGUGCCACUGAGUGCAACCAGAUGGAGACAGAUCAUAACGGCGCUGAAACUACAUCAGUCUGCCGAAACUGCUUCCAGGCACCUGAGCACUUCGAUGAGCAAGAAGCGUUUAUGAACAAGAUUGACGCCGCUGCUGCUCAAAACGGUCUUCCUCUCAGCGAAUGGAUGAAGGACUCCUUCUACGGAAACUAA